AUGCUUACCCGCACUACGUCUCCAGCUGGUGCUGGUAAUGUUGGUGCUGGUGGUCCUUUAAGCUGGUUGAUGCGUUGUGUUGAACGUAAUUUCGAUUUCGGCAAACUGUUGAGAAGGUUCCUCGGCCUGCACCGUGUUCAGAGCAAUAAUAGUCCUGCUCUUAGAAACUAUGAACACGUUGUUAAGACGUAUGGUCACGGUGUAAAACAAAAUAGUUUCUUUGUACCCAAGAAGCAUCCAGAUGUGGAUAUACGCAUGCUCGCCAUUUAUGGAGCGGAAAGCACGGCAGAACGAACUACGUGGACAUCGCAUAAUGACUCGGGUUACAACGAGUGGGAACCAAAGCAGAACAAUGUGCUAUGGGUCCAUCAAGAACCCUUUGACAAUAAUCUUAUUCGCGAUUACCUACAAAACGAACAGGAUCCUAGCAUCGCUGAUUUCGUUGACAAAAAUCUCGACUUCAUCACUCAAAACACUCCUUUUAGGAAAUCGGCUGACAGAUUUUGGUCAGGAAUAAUACAGAAACAAGCACACCAAUUGAACAAGGCUCUGUUCAUAGACGUGCAUAAAAAAGACUUCUGGUUAUUGGACUCCACAAAGGCACAAGCAGCAGAGGAAGGAACUGAUCUUGUGUCCGUAGAGGAAAAAGUCAUGGACUUUGCGCUGAAGUGCGAUUUUUAUCACCCGUCUCAGAGGGUUAAGCACUAUGCCUAUAGUUGA